GUUGUGAGUUUACCUAGCAGGCUGCUUGUUGUUAGAAACAUGGCGUCCUACUGCAGCCUCUCCACCUUAUUUCCUAUCCAAACUCAGCUGGACUACGCCCUGGACGACGCCGUGACACAGCAAGAGAAGGAAAAUCUUGUCUACGAGUAUUUAAAAAAGCUAGACGAGAGAGAGGACCUGAAGAUACCCGAUUUUCAGACAGGCUUGGAAUGGCUCAACACGGAGGGGCCUCUGUCUUUAAACAAGGAGCUGGCUGGCAAAGUGGUGCUGCUGGACUUCUUUACUUACUGCUGCAUCAACUGCAUGCACAUCCUGCCCGACCUGCACCGGCUAGAGAAGACGCACUCUGUCAAAGAUGGAUUGGUUAUUGUUGGUGUGCACUCAGCUAAAUUCCCCAAUGAGAAGGUCCUGGACAAUGUCCGCAGCGCCGUGCUCCGCUAUGACAUCUGCCACCCAGUCGUGAACGACAGUGAAGCACACCUGUGGCAUGAACUGGAGGUGUCCUGCUGGCCCACGCUGGUCCUUCUGGGCCCACGUGGCAACCUGCUCUUCUCCCUGGUGGGUGAAGGCCACCGCGACAGGCUGAUGCUUUUCACUGACAGCGCCCUCCGUCACUACAGGGAGCAGGGUCUCCUGAAAACACACGAAGUGGGGAUCAAGCUGUACCGAGACUCGCUGCCACCCAGCGUCCUGUCUUUUCCCGGGAAGGUGGCCGUAGACGACAGCAAGAAAAGACUGGCCAUAGCGGACACUGGGCAUCACCAGAUUCUGGUGGUGUCCACAACUGGACAGCUGUUAUAUGUCAUAGGAGGGCCUAAAAGUGGGAGACAAGAUGGCGACUUGUCCGAAGCUUCCUUUAACUCCCCUCAGGGUGUGGCCAUCAAAGGCGACAUUGUAUACGUGGCUGACACCGAAAACCACCUGAUCCGAAAGAUUGACCUGUCGGAGAGAAGAGUCAGCACUCUCGCCGGAGUUGGAGCUCAAGGCACGGACAAAGAGGGCGGCGCCAUGGGACCUCAGCAGCCCAUCAGCUCUCCUUGGGAUGUGACUCUUGGCACCGCCGGCGGUGAUGAAGAUAACGUGCUGUGGAUAGCCAUGGCAGGGACCCACCAGAUCUGGGCUUUGUUCCUGGCAGAUGGGAAACUGCCCAAAGGAAGUGAGUCCAAGGCAGGGACGUGCGUGCGAUGGGCAGGCAGCGGCAACGAGGAGAAUCGAAACAACGCCUACCCCCACAAGGCUGGCUUUGCUCAGCCUUCAGGCCUGGCUCCAGCCCCGGAGGAGCCCUGGGGCUGCCUGUACGUGGCCGACAGCGAAAGCAGCACCAUCCGCACGCUGGCACUGAAGGAUGGAGCCGUCAAGUUGCUGGUCGGGGGAGAGAGAGACCCCCUGAACCUUUUUGGUUUUGGCGAUAUAGAUGGGAAAGGGGUGGACGCCAAGCUGCAGCAUCCUCUCGGUGUUGCCUGGGCUCCCGAACAAAGCCUGCUCUAUGUGGCCGACUCCUACAACCACAAGAUCAAGGUGGUGGAUCCAAAGGGAAAGCAGUGUAGCACAUUAGCAGGGACUGGAGAGGCUGGAGACAUUCUCGGCCCUGAGUUUAACAAAUCCCGCUUCAAUGAACCCGGAGGACUCUGCGUCGGCGACAAUGGCAAGCUUCUCUACGUGGCCGAUACCAACAACCACCAAAUCAAAGUGCUGGACCUGUCCUCCAAGACUGUUUCACUGUUCCCCAUCUCCACGGAGUGCGUAGACGCGGUACCUUCAAAGCCUUUGUUGCCCGUCAAAGCCCCCACGGUGCCUAAAUCAGCCGCCAGGAAAGAAAUGCCACCAGUGGCAGUGUCAGCAGGCCAGACUCUCGUCAUGUCGCUCACACUGUCGCUUCCAGAAGGAACCAAACUUACAGAAGAGGCCCCCAGCUGCUGGGCUCUCUCAGCCGAGGGUAACGAAUGGCUGCUAGAAAGUCCGGUGGUCACUGGCGACAUCAUGGAUCUGUCGAAGCCCCUCUCCAUCUCAACCAAACUUCCAGCUACUAUGAAGGACUUAAACGGCAACCCAAGCCUCACUCUGGGUGUAUGGGUGUACUACUGUAUGGAAGCAGGUAAAGCCUGUACGAUGAAAGCAGCCUCCUUCACCCAGCCUCUUCAAAUAAGUGCCAGUCAUGGAGAGGAAGAAAUCACUGUGGCGUUGGCUCAUGCCUUCUGAAACCUCUUAACCUGUCUGAGUCACAGCAGGCGCAGAAUCAACACCCUCUUUUACUUCUCAGCUCUGCUCCUGUUUUGUUCUGGAAGAAGCUAAUUUUUCCUGUGACUGUCUCUUUGAGAAAAAUGCAUUUCAUACAAAUCUGAUUUUCAGGGGAAUUUCAUUUCAAACUACUCAGAAGCCCCCUCCAUGAAACAUCAGCGUCGUAAUGUCCUGCACGUGACAGUUAUUCAUGGCAAUGUAACCGUUACAUCCCCAGGCAUGUUUUAAAGGAUGAACAGCCUGAAAAAUCUGUAUCCAUGUGAUAGUAUAUUUAUGCAACAAAUUCCUACAAGGACAGGCUGUGCUGUGUAAUUUAGGGGGUACUAUUUCCACUCAGUGUUACCUUAUUUUAAAACAGUGCCACAGGACUAAAUCAGUGCUGCAAAAUAAAAGAUAUUCUGAGGAUUUUAAUGAGAAACUUAUUUUGAUUAUCUAAUUGGCAGGUGGUGGUGCUGGUGUCAGUGGUGGGUAGAUGAAUAAACAGAGUCUCUGUCAUUUAAUGAUGUUGCGGAGGAUCCAAACUACUUUAAAACACUGAAAACAAAAUAAAAGCAGAAACUCUGAUGAGCUUUAUAUUUUCACCUUCACUGCCAGACAGAUGUGAAUCUCAAAGACGAGGCUGUUUACAUUCAGAUGUUGUGAGCAAAGUCUUUUUUUUUUUUAACCUCCUCAACCUCCAAGUAAUUAUUGAACAAUUUCUGCUUUUGAAAAAUUAGUGAAAGACUUUUGUGUGUGUUUGAAACCAUUUCUCAGAAACACUAACUUUGUUUCUGUCAGUCCCAUGAGUAAUUAAAUUGUAGGAAUUUGAAAAAAAGGGAUGUUUAAUGGAGCUGAUAUUUGAUUUUGACUCACAGAAAGCGGUUUUAUUCUGCGUUUCCUCACUCAAGCAUUGCUUCUGAAUGCUAAUAUCGAGUUACAGUCAAUUUCUCAAUAUUAUGAUCUUGGAAUCCCAAGAGGCUUUCACAGGAAUUAUUUAGAUAGGAAGAUAUAAUCUAAAACCUUUUCUUUAAAGGUAUACUAUGCAGGAAUUGUCAGUACUGUUUGUAAGCACAUCAUUCAAACUGUGCCCCUCUGUCUUGCACUGCCUGUACAUACUAUAAAUGUAUGAGAGAACUAGAUACAGCGUUGGAGGCGGGGCCCCAUUCAUUCAUAGGAAAGUUGCUUAGUGGUUCAUAGAACUUCUGGUUAAGUCCUCCAAUAACUUGCUUUUUUACAGUUUAGAAAUGUUAUUGGACAAAAUGGAUCAAAUCCCAGUAAUAAAACAAGUCAUUUAGCGGGGGUUGUGAUGCUCAAAAAAACAUAUCCACUGCAUCACGUGAUGAACCCAGAUGUUGUAAUUCCACAUUUGGCCACUAUGUCAAAUAGGCUUCAAAGCGUGACACUGUUCCUGGAGGCUUGGUACGUACACUGCAAGCUGCUGUACUAUUGAACCAACGUUAACAUUGUUGUAAUUAAAAAGGCGAUUCUUUAGCAAGCUAACUGAGCUAACCGCUGGCGCUGACAUGUCAAUCUACAUUUUGUCCUUCAGUGCUCGUCAGUGAAAGUGAAACCCAACCCCAGAUUCACCCUCGUUUUCAAGCAGGUUUUGUCCACUUGGCGUUCACCUCAAUAUUUCUGUGUUUGGUCUGCGUGUGUCUGUGAUUUUCUUGCAAUAUAGCACCUGAUCGGUACCUUGUAAAGUCCAGACCUUACCUGCGUACUGUUAUUGGCUGAGGGUUACACACCAAUGCCCAAAGGUCGUAGCCAUGAAGCUUCCUGAACUGCAGCUGCAAAAAUAAUCCAAUUCAUUUAUUACUUGUCAAAUAUAGAGUUGAUUGCCGGGGUGUGCCACACGGGUUUGAAUCCAUCCCACAGCCCUUUGCUCUCUGUUUCCCAUAUCAUGUCAGUCUAUCUGUCCUCUCUAAUAAAGGCAAAAAAGCUAAAAAAAAAAAAAAAUGUUACAUCAAUCACUAACUAAUUUGCUAAUCAAGAACUUAGUUUGACUAAUUAAGAAUUAAGGAAAAAACUUAUUCGUGAAAAUAAUGGGCAGUAAAAAUAAUGAUUAGUUGCAGCCUUAUCCUGAACAGAGCAACAUGAGAGAAAAAUGAGAAGAUACAUGCAGAUAAAUAUAAUGCCACACACGUCUUCUGGGUCAAAAGUGAUGAUUGAGAGGGAUUGCCAGGGAUUGUAUGAUUGUUUUUUUUACAGAAAAUCCUGCAUAGUAUAUCUUUAAUCUCGUCCCAGCAAAAGAAAUAAUAAAAGGACAGAAAUUAAAUAUAUGUCUUGAGAGGCUGAUGAGACGUUAUCUAUGCAGAGACUCACAUUUUUAUAUCACUAAUAUGUUACAGACUCCAGUGUACUAAAUCACAGCUUCACUUUGUGCUCUUCAAAAUAAUAUAUUACCAUGUAUAUGUUUGCUUGUUUACAGUCGGUGUGCUUGGAUGAUGCUUUCAGGCGCACCAAUCGAGCUUUCAUAAAUAUUUGUCUACAUACUGUGUUUCACCAGUCUCAAGUUCUUUACAGAGUUCAUGCUUGCAGCUCAGAGCUGUGUUCUGUCUCCACUCGCUGUAUGACUGAUUAUACUUUUGAUUAAGAUUAUUCACGACACAAGGAGCCCUUUUGAUUCACGCGGCAAAGUACCACCGUUAUCUAAGUCAUGAAUAAAGUGCCUGUUUUCGAUAAGGGGGGGCAGCCACUUGUGACCUGAUGACACCAAGCGACUGCAGCUUGUGUGCAUCUUAUUAAAAUCUCUCCAACAAGCAUUUACAUGCUCCAUCUCUGCUCCACAAAGAGAACAUAAUAAAUAAUAAGAGUUGCUCUAAUAAUGUUACCAUAAUACGCUGUGUAUUAUGUUAUGAAACAUGCAAUGAAAUAAUAUGAAAUAUGCUAAUGUGUUAAUGUCGUUUUCUUUUAUUGGUUUCCAAAGUGUUGCGCUGUUGUCAGAAAUGGGUCUGAGAGUGUUUCGACUGUUAUCACGUCUCGCAACAUAUUUGUGAAUGUCAGUUUUUAUUUGGUUUGGAGCACUCGGCCCAAGUGCCUUGCAACAAGGGGUGUUACUGUACGGAUGGCGUGGAUGUGAUGACACAUAAACGGCAUCAAAAGCAAUAACAAUAUAUUUCUGUAACGGGAGAAAUGUUUUAUUCCCACAAGUUAUUUAUUUCUAAUGAACUGCAAAGCUUUGCCAGCGUGUUUUCUCAGCUUUGAUAUCCCUCUGGCGUUUUUUAAUGAGCAAUAAUGAGCUCGCUGGUGGGCAUUAAGUUCCCCGAUAUUGUUUUCUCA